UGGAGAUCUGCUCUGCUGGCGUUUUGUGAGUGAGCCCAGGAUAGGGGCUUGUAAUCAUCAGGCAUUGGGAUAUAAUUUUACCAAGCAAAUUGGAAGGUAACAGAUCAAAUCCUUAUCGGAAAGACUAACUCAUGGUUUAGUGAAGUUCUUCGUCCUUUAUGUGAAACAUUAUCUUCAUGAAGAACAAAAAAGUGCUUGAGAGCUUACAAAGGGUUAAUAGCAAGGGCUUAUAUUUGGGGCCGCAGAGAACUAAAAUCAUCAUAGCUUCCACCACCACUCGAGACAGCAGUUGUUAGAGAACCGCUGGGGCGACCUUCUUCCACAAGCUUUUAGGACUACUCUUACAAUGGCCUUGGUUUAUCGACCAGUGGUGCAAUUAAGUGGCAUAUUAUUAUCUCUGUUGGGAUGGGUCCUAUCCUGUCUCACUACCUAUUUACCUCAGUGGAAAAAUCUUAACUUGGAACUGAAUGAACUGGAGAUCUGGACCAUGGGACUCUGGCAAGCUUGUGUUGUCCAAGAAGAAGGGGGAAUGCAAUGCAAGGACUUUGAUUCUUUCUUAGCUUUGCCUCUAGAACUCAGGAUUUCUAGGAUUUUGAUGUUUUUUUCCAAUGGACUGGGGCUUUUGGGCCUCUUGUUCUCAGGAUUUGGGUUGGACUGUUUGAAAAUUGGUGGAAGACAAGAGGAUCACAAGAAACGACUGUUGCUGUUUGGAGGAAUGCUGUUCUGGAUGUCGGGGAUUACAGCUAUUGCCCCGGUUUCUUGGGUUGCCCACUCCACAGUCCAGGAAUUUUGGGAUGAGAAUAUACCGGAUAUUGUUCCCAGGUGGGAUUUGGGGGAAGCAUUAUUUGUUGGCUGGCUUGCUGGAUUUUGUCUUAUACUAGGAGGCUCCCUACUAAACUGUACAAUCUGCUCAACUGAACUCCAUCCAUCUUCGGUCCAUUAUGCAGUAACAGAACAGCAAGAUCAGUGUCAACACUUGGAAACUGAAACUAGGCCUUAAAACCAAA